CACGCACGGUCUUCUCACGAGGUGCUGUCCUAUAUCUACUCCACAAAGCACUGUCCUACAUCUAGCCCACAAGGCGCUGUCCUACAUCUACUCCACAAGUUGUUGAUCUACUCUACAAGGCGCUGUCCUACAUCUACUCCACAAGGUGGUGCAUGACAUGGCGCUGAACUUGUUUGGCACACUGAUUCCGCAAUGGUCGCCCACUGUGCCACUCUUGAGGGCUUUCAACGAACAGGAAUAUUGGGAUAUGACCAUUACGAGCGGUGACCUGACCUUUCGAGUCCAUAAAGUGAUUGCGUGCUCUGCCUGCAAAUUCUUCCGGAAGGCAUUGAGCUUCCCCCUCGGAAAGGAGGCCGAUGGCAAUCACAUAGAUCUUCCUGAUGACGACCCAGAAAUGAUUCGGCGAGUGAUCAUCUACCUCUAUACCGGCGAUUAUGAGCCAGCCUGCAGCAUAAAUACCAAGUUCCUGCGAGGGGUCCACCAAUCCCGCGCCAGUGUGGAACAUGCUUCGGUCUACCAUCAGCGAUUCUUCAACACUACAUUCUCUUUCAACAAACCUGCCGCUUACAAGGCUAACUCCGAGUGCGCCUGUAUCGCGAACGCGGUCCUUGGAGAGAGCGCAAACCAGCCAUUUGGUGUUCGCCCUUCCAAUAUACCCCGAGAAGUCUCAGCAAUUGAUCGGGCUGCGAAUACUGUUCAAGUCAUGAACCCUCUGACGAUACACGCGACGAUGUAUUCGCUCGGCGACAAGUACGAAGUUGAGCGACUUUGCGAGCGUGCGAAAGAAAAGUUCCAAAGCUGCCUUUACGAUCACUGGAAUUCUGAGGACUUCAUCGAGGCCGUGCAAAUCGUCUACAGCACCACUCCCGACACCAACCGUGGGCUCAGAGACGUAGUCGUUGAAUCGUUCCAGACCUACUUCAAUGUCGACCUUAAGCAGAUGCCAGGUGCCGAGGAGAAGUUGGCCACUAUCGAUGAUCUCUCCUUUCUUCUGAUGAAGUCGUGGGGCAGCCGAGGGUCAACAAAAGGGACGAACGGAUUCGGCUCCUCAUAACCUCUGCCACCGUUGUGUGCAUGGGUAAUCCGCCAACCCCAUCAGAAAGAGAAAAGUCCCCACCACCAAACGUGGCGGUACA